GGACACCAUACGUCCGUCUGGCCUCCAGGCUGCUAAAACGGAGUCGAGCCACUGCAACCAUUGAGGCAGGCACACAGAGCGGGCAAUUGCCUCUUUGUCAACGACAUACCAGCCGCCUAUUCCCGAUUGUCGAACCUCGCCUCAGGAGACAACAGGGCCACUGCCAUGGUGGCCUUCGCCGUCUAUCAGUCAACGCUGGGAGGCUCACUGGUCGAAACCCCUGGCCAGGCUUGCGACCAAUGCCGCCAGAAAAAGUCGCGAUGCGACAGGCACCGGCCCGUCUGCGGCAACUGUGUCAAAACCGGCUCCGGAUGCACUUGGAUCGCGAUACCGAAACGCAGAGGGCCACGGCCGCGCAAGAGGCGGGCGAUGCCCCUGCCCCUGCCCCUGCUGGGCGAUAACUCCGCCUCAGAAACCACGCCCGAACGCACCGGCGAGGCUGCCUCAUCCGCUGCCCCCAUCAACACCAGUGGUACUGAUGCGAUGGAUCAGUUCCUUGAAAGCUGCGAUGGUCAGUUGCCACUGAUGAUUCCUGCCACGUCACCGGACUGGCAGCGUUGCAGCUCGCCGUCGAAAUUGCACCGCGAGAUGCCUUGCACGACAACACUUCCUGACUAUACUGCCUGCUCUGGGCCGUUGCUGGAAGAUCAUGACAUCCCCAAUAUCCUCAAUAUCUCACAGCCGUGCUGGUCCUGCGUCGAUGACACCCUUCAACUUCCUUGCUCCUUCUUCGAGCCCUACGUCCGCUUGUUCAUCGACAGACUGUACCCCAUAUUUCCCGUCAUGGACUGCCACUAUCUGCUGAGAUUAGUUUAUGCUGAUGACACCCUGGGUCGGCCGCUUACCAUGGCUGAGUAUGCCUUGCUGACGUCCCUUUCUGCGGCUGUGGUGAUGCAACUCAAUAUCGAAGGCUUGCCAGGGCCUACAUUUGACGCGGGUGUCGAAGGCAAGGGCACUCAGGCAGCAUCGCCACCCUUUCCUCAAUCUUUAUCCUGUGCUCAGGUUUUCACCACGCAAUGUCUCGAGGCUCGCCAAGGCUAUCCAUUCAUUGAAGAGGCUGACGAGUUGACUGUCAUGACCUCCUUCUUUCUCUUCGCCUACUACGGCAAUCUUGAUCAAAGCCAGUCUGCCUGGUAUUACCUUCGUGAGGCCAUUGGAUUUGCUCAGUCGCUUGGCGUAGAUGAUGCAGACCUUUACGCUGGCUGGGAACCUAGCGCGCAGCAACGGCGACGGCGGCUGUUCUGGCUUCUGUUCAUCACAGAACGGGCGUAUGCCAUCCAGCAUCGCCGCCAGGUCAUCCUACGGCCAUCAAUCGAUCUUCCCAGGGUGUUUGAUUCACACGAGCCGAAACUCGUAUACGGAUUCCUCGCUCUCGCCAAGGUGUUCAGAAACAUUGACAAUACUUUUAUCAAGGCCUGGGGUGAAGCCUCCUCGACAAGCCGGGCUUGUGAUCCUGGGAUCGCCAUGAAGAAGAUACUGGACCAGGAAGACCUCAUGGGCUACCUCUCAAUGUCUGAAGUUAAUGAGACUCAGCGUCUCGAUGUUCUAAUCACACAACAAUGGCUGCGAGUUCUUGUGUGCAAUAUGAAGCUCAGGCGGUCAGUGCUUGGCGCUAAACACAGUACCCAGCAGCUCAUUGGGGCCGGCCACGGAGUUUUCGAACCGCAGUACGUGCUCGACACUUGCCGGAGCCUGUUACGGAUUGUCUCGAAGGCAAACCCGCUAUCUUUAGAAGCGCACGGCAUAGGCAUGGUAAUGCGCACGCAAUGUUUCAUGUCCUUGGCUUUGAAAAUCAGCGCUGACAGGCCGAGCAGGAGCAAAAGAUCUCGGACGCGGCGAAUUGUCUCUGCGACACACUUUCCAUGUGCAAGAUGGACAUCGCGGAAGACUCCAGUUUCCACUGUAAACGAGACUUGUUGCAUCACUUUAUGCUAUUCCUCUCUCGUUUCCGGAACCACGAGAGCCAAUACCUCAAACCAUUGGCGCAAAAGGCAAACGCCGUCCUGACGCAGGGCUUCCAGCUGGUAGACCGAGCAAUGCUAUGCUCAUCUAACGACGACCAAAUGAUAGCGCAACAAGACGCCCCCAAUGAGUUUUGAAACCCCUGUGCGACGACUAGGGAUUUGCUUCACAACCCAAACAAUGAGGCCCGCGGCUGAAUACAUCAUAUUAUCAAUAGAGUCCGACACGCACGAAUAUCUAACAGCGCGCGUUCCGUUGGCGAGUCGACUGACUCCCUCAAGGCUGGCAUGAUGGUUGACUGGGUCGAGUAUGAGCAAGCAUCGCCGCCACCAGGCAGUACUACUUUAUAUGACUAUGAGAUAUACUAUUUUACACACCCA